AUGGGAGAUCUCGUCGAUUUCCUCACCCAGAACGAGGAAGGCUUUCGAAAAGCCCGCCUCCCCGCUCUGUACUCCGACUUUCGGGGCCUCCGAACCAUUAAUCCCGAUGGAUACGCUGCAAACGUCUCCGCUUGGCGCCGCGCUCUCGCCAGCAUCGCCCGCUCCGGCCGAGCCCCCUCUCGCGCCUCUGCGCCGAGCCUCUUCAUACUCCCUGCCGACGAGCAACUUCUUCGUGCCCUUGAGAGCAAGCAGUAUGGUAGACCGCUUGCGCUUGGCUCCGUCGUACGCGAAGCCGCUCUUGAAAAGGACCUUAUUCCCUUGCAAGACUUUCUGAAGGCCAAAGAAAGCAUCUAUCAAAGAUCAUGGACGUCAUUACCAUGGAAUGUGGUGUCCUGGGGCUUGAGGCAGCUGGGCUUGACCGGAGGCGUGAGUGGCGGAGAUGACAAGCUUCCUGGUGGACAGUUCGUCGUACUCGCAAAUGUCGAGGAGGCGUCCAGGGCAUUCGACGACAAGACGGCGGAAUACAGCUCCCGGCUACAGAGGACAUGGUCGGCAACGCAUUUUAAGAAAUCAUUCGCCGAUUCGAUUUUCUCAAGUCAAAGGUUGUCGGAUGCAGACAUGGACGUCUUCCUCAAGUUCCUGUCACGAGACAAGGGCUUAAUACUCUACGACGGCAAGACGAUCAAAGUCAAGGCGGCGGGGGACGAGCAAAUGGCAAUCACUCCCGAAGAUGAAGCGAUGGCUCAGCUUAAGGAACUCACCGCGUACCUUUCUCACCAGACCUCCAUUCUGAAUAGGCGCAUCGAGGAGCUCACUGCUACGGCCAAGGAGGCAGUCGUGCGCAAGAACAAGGUCGCCGCGCUCGCGGCACUCAAAUCCAAAAAGAUAGCCGAGUCGUCCCUCCAGACUCGCUUCGCCACCCUCUCUCAGCUCGAGGAGGUGGCCGCAAAGAUUGAACAUGCUGCAGACAACGUGGCUCUUGUGCGCGUCAUGUCAUCCAGCACAGACGUACUCAAGUCACUGAAUGCACAGGUUGGCGGAGCUGACAAGGUCGAGGACGUUGUUGACAGGUUGCGGGAGCAGAUGGGUGCCGUAGACGAGGUUGGAAGCAUCUUGGCCGAGUCCGGAUCCGUUGUCGACGAGGGCGAGAUUGACGACGAGCUGGAAGUCUUGGAGAAGGAGGAGCGGCAGAAGGAGGAAGAGGCGAGGAAGAGCAAAGAGGAAGCGGAGAAGGCGCGAAGAGAAGCAGAGCAAGCAAAGGAGGCGGAAGAGACGAGAAAGAGACUAGAAGCAGUCGAGGCUCCCAAGUCAAUCCCCCAGCAGCAACAGACGUCGGAAAUGUCGACCGCUGCAGCAGCGGACAAUGUCGAAGGCCUGAGUCGGCUGUCUCUGGAGGAGACGAGGCAGAUGGAGCCCGCCAGCUGA